UGCAAUGCAGCCCAUACAAGUCCAUACCAUACUCAACGUUCUGCAGUAUAUCGGGCCUCCAUCUCGCAUCACACAGGAACUCCCUCCUCACCUUCUUUCCUCUCCUCUCCUAAAACGACAUCACUUCCUCGGUAUAUACCCGACAGACCCCGUUGAGUAUCUCUGCUGGCCAGCAGACUCCUCAGAUCAGGCGGUUCACCUCCUUGAGACCGCACAUAUACUGGAAGACGCUCCCAGCUUCACUACCCGUUACACAUCUGAUCCAGAACACACUUACGCACACGUCCACAUCCCUUCGCCUGAUCCUGGUGUACGUCUCAUAUUCCAAUGGGAAUAUGACGAUGGUUGGAAGUACCACGACCUUCAGCUCAUGCCCAUUCCCUCUACUUCCUUUGUAUCACUUGAUGAUGCGCUGGCGUCGCACUCGAAUGCUUCCAGCAGCCUAAGCAGCGCUAACGGAUAUUCUAAAGCCUCACCCGCUUUCGAUCACACUCAGGGACAUGAUGAUGGACUAGAUGAGGACUCAUAUUGGGACGCGUACGGUACUGCUGGAGAAAAUGUUUCGUCACCCAUCCCAGACGACCAAAACACGUCAGGAGAAGCUGGAACGGGAGAGGAUGCCUAUUGGGCUCAGUACUCAUCAGUUCAUGGUACGGCAGACUCGACUCAGCCAUCGCCCCUUCCGCAGAACCGCCGAAAGCUUCCUCCAGUCCUUAUCGACCGCAGCGAACCUGUCCAGAUUCCCAACGGUGCUCUGAAUCCAAAAUUGGGGCCGCCCUCGCCAGGAGCCUUAACACAUCUGCUUAACUUCAUCUCUCCUCGAAAUGACGAAUAUUCCCCUGCCACAACCGAUCCUGAAUCAACCGUCAUUACGUCUGACGCCCCAUCACCACUUAUACCAUGUGAUCAGGAUAUGUUGACGCCGUCUUCAGCUGAUUAUGGACAGCUUGCUCACGUCGUAUCUCCGGUGGCAGUGAAGAUCAAUGGUGUACCCUUGGAUCAUGCUCGCGAGCGGAAAAUACCAAGCUCCAUUAGAGGAAUAUAUUACCUUUGGAAAGCAGGCAAAAGGAAACAAGCAAACGGGACUACUUCUGACUCAGCCGAAGAAGACGACUUUUUAACUUUGGUCCGUGCAGCUAUUGCUAAUGCAUAAUUCAUUGCAUCAUCAUCAUGUGCGCUAUAAUAGCUACAUACAUAUUGGGACUUGUGAUUGU